AGACUCCGCCCCCUUUGGAUGACUCAUCAAAACAGAAACCAGGAAGUGUUAACAGUCAGGCACGCAGUUCUGUCACAGCACUGGGAGAGUCAGUUUCUAGGGAAAGGCAGCAGCUGAGUGUCAGCAUGGCAGGCAGGCGCUCUCUCACCGAGGUGGAGCUCACCUGUCCCAUCUGCUGCGACAUCUUCAGGGAGCCAGUGGUCCUCAAAUGCAGCCACAGCUUCUGUGCUUCCUGUCUGCAGCAGUACUGGGGUCCACAUGGACGAAGCCGUGACUGCCCUCUGUGCAGGACCCUGAGCCUGGACGACCCCGUGCCCAGCCUCACCCUCAGGAACCUGUGUGAGUCCUACCUGAAUGAGGGCGAGGGUCCCGAGGAAACAGCAGCAGCAGCAGUGGGGGAGCUGUACUGUGAUCCAGGGGAGAUGUGUCCAGUCCAUGGGGAGAAGCUGAAGCUCUACUGCCUGCUGGAACAGGAGCCCAUCUGUGUGGUUUGUCACACGUCGAGGAAACACAAGCAGCACGACUGCUGCCCCGUGAGCGAGGCAGUCGUGGACGUGAAGGAGAAAAUGAAGUCUGCCCUCAGCUCGCUGCAGGAGAAGAGAGAAGCUUUUGACAAAAUGAAGAAGAACUAUGAGGACACCGUGGUGCACAUUCAGGCCCAGGCUCGAUUUGUGGAAAGACGGACCCGUGAGGAGUUUGAAAAACUUCACAGCUUCCUCCACGCCGAAGAAGAAGCCAAGAUGGAAGCCCUGAGGAGGGAGGAAGAGCAGAAGAGUGGCGAGAUGAGGCAGAAGAUUGAAGAAGUGGAAAGAAAUAUAUCCUCCGUGUCUGAGUCCAUCAGAGUUUUGGAGGAGGAGAUGUCUUUGGAGGGCAUCUCUGUCCUUCAUAAUUGCAAGAAGGCACUAGCAAGAGCUAAUCGUCCAGUUGAAGAUCCGGUCAUGGCUCCAGGAGCGCUCAUAGAUGUGGCCAAAUACGUCGGCUCUUCAAUGUUCCGCGUUCUGGAGAAGAUGCAUCUAAUCGCCAAAUACACCCCGGUCACUCUGGACCCGAACACCGCCGCCCCGUGGCUCGUCCUGUCAGACGACCUCACCAGCGUCCGUGACAGCGAGGAGAAGCAGAAGCUGCCCGACAACCCGGAGAGGUUCGACCCCGACACCGCCGUGCUGGGCUGGGAGGGCUUCACCUCCGGCAAGCAGGCCUGGAACGUGUACGUGGGGGAUAACACGGCGUGGGUCGUCGGCGUGGCUAAAGAAUCUGUCCAGAGGAAAAAGAAAGUGUCCUCAGUCCUGAGCAACGGCUACCUGUGUGUGUACUUUUACCACAAAAUGUACUUCGCAGGUACGUCUCCUUUAACGCGGCUGAGCCUGAAGAAGAGCCCGCAGAGGAUCAGAGUGCUGCUGGACUGUGACAAGGGCAGAGUUUCCUUCUAUGACCCGCAAAACGACGUGAACAUCUACACCUUCAAACACGCCAUCACCGAGAAAGUGUUCCCGUACUUCUGGGUGGGUUGUCAGAAGUGUCCUUUGACCGUUGAACCGGUGGAUGUUGGCCUGAGAGCUGUUGCUGAAGCACAGAACUGACAGAAACUAUUUUUUUUUUUGUAUUGAGAUGACAUCAUUUCUGCACUUUCCUCUGACUUUUUCACUUCAAAACACAGUGAAUGCUAACUUCAAACUUCAAACUCAGUGAUUGUUUACUGGAAUAUGGUUUCUGUGUUUCUUGUUCUGUUUGUUUUGGAACUAUUAUUACAGAAAUGUGAGCAUAUAUUUUGUUUUUUGGUGCGCUGUGAUGUUAAAAGAUGCACUACAGAAAUGUAUUAAUCAUGCAUGUCAAACUCUGUCCACGUAGUUCAUCUGGAUUUUGGAGCCCAGCAGAUCCACAUAGAAAACCAAAAAUGCUUCAUGUGCUAAUACUGAUGCUGUUUGACACUACUCUGCUAAUAAAUGAUUUGCAAGUACCACGA